AGCAAGACGACAGCUGACGUGCAGCUGACCGCUGACGAGAACUGUCAUUAAAACAUCAAAAAGUUUCGGAAUAGUUUCGAACUUUGCGAAACAAGUUAUUAACUAAGUUUUUCUAUGUAAACUUUCUUACUUAUUAUUGUUAGGACAAAUCUGCUUCGUAAAUAAAAUCCUACAUAAAAUCACUACGUUACGUCUUCUGUACGUGUGAGUUAAGUAAAAAAUAAAUUCAAAUUGCGCUGUGUAUGUAAAUUACAGUUGUACGAUAUGUGAAGUAACUCAAUACGAGAGCUUAGAAAUCGACACCGAGUACGAUAUUCAUAUGGCCAAUGCUUAUUUGUCGCAUAAACAUAAUUAAAGAAUAAUAAACAAUGUCGAGAAGUGUAGAAGAAGUAACUUUUGAGGAUUUAGAAGCAACAGAUGUAAUAAGCGUUGAACUGGUUCCUGAAAGGAAGGGUUUAAUUUUAAAGCAUUGUGAAUAUUAUGUGAGUUCCCGCAGACAUGGCACCACUGUGACAAGACGUUACAAUGAGUUUGCUCAGCUGUAUGAUGUGCUUGCUGCUAAAUAUCCGUACAGGGCAAUAUGCGGUCUACCUCCCAAACGCAUGGUCGUUGGCGGUGGCAGCCCAGUAUUCCUACAACGUCGUCGCGCGGCUUUACAACGUUGGUUAACUCUCGUCGCGCGUCACCCGGUGUUAGCACAUGACGCUGAUCUACGGACGUUCCUGUGCGAGUCCAAUCCUAAAUUGGAUAAGCCAAAGCAUGACGAGUUUGUGCUCGCAGGCACGCAGGAGGAUAGCUCUAGAGAUAUGACAACGGAUGAAAUGGAAGCUACAUUUGCGGGCGAACAAGAGCAACUCCGACUUGUGCAGCUCGGUUUGGGGAGACUUAGCAAGAUAUUUGAGAAAGCUGAGGGCCGCUGCGAAGCAGAGCGGGCAGAUAUCCGCGAACUGGGCGCAGGCCUACACGCGCUGUCUUCACCGGCCGCCGCGGACUCACCUCGCUGGGGCAGCAUUCGAGAGGCUCUAAAGGCCGCCGCUCAAUUGGCGCUCGACAUGGGCGAAUCCCCCGAGCCCUCCGACGAUGAGUCCAUCCAGCGCCUCCUACUCGCACUAGACGCGCUAUUAGCAUACAGAGAGCUAUGUUCACGGCUAACACGUGGCCUACACGCUGAACGUUCUGCGGCAGCUGCAAGUGCGCCGCAUAGUGCCGCGUCGCACUUAUUGCGUGAGCGACAUCGGUACGCGAUGAAGUGCGCAGUUGAGGAGGCCAGAAUAGCGCGAGUGUACGCUCUAUCAGCACUAGAGUCGCUCCCCGAGCUACUGCACGCACACGGCACCGCGCACGCACGAAUCGCUGCCUGCUGGGCGGACCUGCAUACUGCGCUACGGCAUAACGCUAAACCCAACCAUCGAUAGACUAAAAAUAUAAACAUUAUUCAUUGACAAUAUGCAACUAAUUAUUGACAAAAAAUAUUUCGUUGAUUUCACUUCAAUAAUGCUUAAUUGCAACAAAAUAAAAAAUUUUAACGACAAUAUAACAAACAACACAUUAAAAACAUACAAAUCUUAAAAAAUUAAGUUCAAAAAGUACCAGGAGAUCAUAAUAGCGCUAGGGUCGCUCCCCGAGCUGCUGCACGCGGACGGCACAAUGCGGCUUGCUAAGCUGUUUUGUACACAGCGCUGCGGCACAAUGCUAAACCCAACACUAACCAUCGAUAGACAAUCCUUAUCAUAGACAAAAA